CUCUCAUUCGUAUUUUUUCUUCCAUAUUCCCCCUUAUCCCUUCCUUAUUCAAUAAUUUUAUCAGCAAUGGAGACGGAAGGCAACAAGCCGUCGGUGUACCUGACGAACCUGGAGGAAGUGAAGCAAGUGUUUAACCGUUUUGAUGUCAACGGAGACGGCAAGAUCUCUGCCGCGGAGCUCGUCGAUGUCAUGAAGGCACUCGGAUCCAACACGUCUCUGGAUGAGGUGAAUCGAAUAAUGGCGGAUAUCGAUACUGAUUGUGACGGUUUCAUCAGCCUAGAGGAGUUUGCCGGUUUCUGCAAAGGAAAGUCCGGCGAAGAAGAUGACGGUGGGAUGAAGGAGCUCCAGGAUGCGUUCGACCUCUACGAUCUGAACAAAAACGGAUUGAUUUCAGCGAAGGAGUUGCACCAGAUCUUGAGUCAGUUGGGGGAGAAGUGCACCGUAAAUGAUUGUACGAAUAUGAUAAAGUCGGUGGAUUCCGAUGGCGAUGGCUAUGUGAAUUUUGAGGAGUUCAAGAAGAUGAUGUCGAACAAUCCAUCAAAGUGAAUCAGCGUAACUUUUCUCUCUUUCGCCAUAUACUUCUUCUUUGAAAUAAUUCACAUAACAAACUGUGAUUUUAAAUUUCACAAUGAGAUUGUGUUUUCAAACAUUAUUUUAGAUUAAGCAAUCACAACUAUAUGUUAUAAAUUGCGACAUUAGUUCAGUAAUUGUUAUCAC